AUGAAGCCACUAACAGUGCCUCGACUUGAACUCCAAGCGGGCGUAUUGGGAACCCGCAUAUUGAGUUGCAUACGCGAUGAGCACUCGGUCGACUUUGAACGCUGUAUUCUGUGGAGCGACUCAACUGCGGUUAUUCGGUGGAUAAGGAGUGAGCAUAGGCGCUACAAACCAUUUGUGCAACACAGAGUGGCCGAGAUAUUGGCUGCCACAAAUGUUUCAAGUUGGAAGUGGCUACCUACAGCACUAAACGUUGCCGACGAAGCCACGCGAAUGAACAAUCGUCUGGAGCUUGGACCAACAGCCCGUUGGUCGCGUGGUCCACCAUUCCUACAGCAACCGCAGCACACUUGGCCUACUGAUGAUCCUACUGUAUGCAAUACCGACGAGCCUGAUGAAGAACUUCGCCCUAAACACGUUUUGGUAAUCGUGAACCUUAAUUUAUUUGAAUUUAAACGGUUUUCUACUUUCAACAAAUUAGCAAGAGUCGCGGCCUGGGUUUUACGUUUCAUAAAUACUUGCCGCCGCAAUAUUCAGCAAGAUCAAUGUUUCGGCCUGACUGCACGAGAAAUAGAGUUCGCCAAGGGAAUACUAUGCCGACUCGUUCAACGCGAAGCAUUCGCUACAGAGAUCCAGCAGAUUGAGAGCAAUCAAAACAUCGCACGCACUAGCACGCUUCUACAGCUCUCGCCGUAUAUAGACGAGGAAGGCAUUCUCCGCGUAAAAGGUCGCAUAGAUAAUGCCAGUUGGCUUCCGAUAAGUUCGAGAAGACCCGUCAUAUUACCAUCGAAUCACGAUUAG